AUGGGUAUUAUUUUAGUCCAACAGCGGUCCCAGAGCAGUCCCACAGCAGUCCAAGUGCUCCCAGAGAGCAGUCUCAGAAAGCAGUCCCAGCUGUCCAAAAUACACAAGGGGGAGGGGGGUGGAGCUACAUGUAUCGUGUCACUCAGAACCUCCCAGGGACAGCUGCGAUUGCUGGGUCUGCUUGAUCUACUUGAUAUAGCAGUCCCAGAGCAGUCCCUUAGCGGUCCAGAGCAGUCGCAGUGUGGUCCCAGAGCAGUGCCAGAGCGGUCCCAAAGCUUUCUUGGACUGCUUUGGUGUCAGGUUGGGUAUGGUUGGACACGAUUUGGAUACUCAGAAUAUUGGUUAGGAAAGCAGAAAGUGAAAUGGACGACUGCAAGCGAAGAAUGUAAAAUGAUUGGAGCAAAACUUGUUGAGAUCGAGUCUUCAAGCGAGAAUAACUUUGUUCGCAUGCUUGCUCAAAAUUUAACAGCGAGUGUUUGGUUAGGUGCCACUGAUCGUGAGGUUGAGGGGCGAUGGCGAUGGGCAGACACCAACUCCCUCCUGACAUUCAGCGACUGGGAAGUCAACCAACCAAACAACUACAAUAACCAGGAUUGUCUGUGUCUCUACCUCCCCUACGGUCUUACUUGGUGUGACGAACCCUGUGACAACAGAGAUUACCAAUACAUCUGUGAGAGAGAUGCUUUGUAACUGUUCUUUUAGUUUCAGGUUUUCUUUAUAUAUGAUUUUAUAAUCAUAUUAUUUGUGUGAUAAAUUUUUGAGAUCAGAACUACAGCCUGACUUCCCCAAGACCGAAAAAUGCAAUUGAAUCGGUUCUAUUAACCUAGUCUUAAAGUAUAUAUUAUUCGUGAGACUUUGUACUAGCAGCUCACGAGAGUUAUAAGAGAAUAAAUAUAUACUAGAUGUGUCAUGUUAUUGCAAGUCGUUAUACAUUGUUGUUCUUUUACUGU